AAUUGAAAAGGACAAAAAUGAUUCCUAGCCUUUUUUUUUUUGUGUGUAAAUUUUUUUAUUUUUUAAUUUUAAUUCUAUCUUCCUUAUUUUUAAGCUUGUUGUUCACAGUAGGGUUGAAGAAGCAGAUAAACGCCACCACUCUCUUCUCUCUCUUACAAACCCCUAACUAUCAAUCCUUUCUUUUAUCUAAAACCCCUUUUUGUCCAUCGUAAGGAUCUUCUUUUUUCUUCCUUAGAGAAAACAAUGGGAGCUUCGUUGCCUCCGAAAGAAGCUAACCUCUUCAAACUCAUCGUCAAAUCAUAUGAAACUAAGCAAUACAAGAAAGGACUGAAGGCUGCAGAUGCGAUACUGAAAAAGUUUCCUGAGCAUGGAGAAACAUUGUCGAUGAAGGGGUUGACUUUAAAUUGCAUGGAUCGUAAAUCUGAAGCAUAUGAACUUGUCCGGCUAGGUUUGAAGAAUGAUUUAAAAAGUCAUGUUUGCUGGCAUGUUUAUGGUCUUCUCUAUCGCUCAGAUAGAGAAUACAGGGAGGCUAUCAAAUGCUAUAGAAAUGCUCUGAGAAUAGAUCCGGACAACAUUGAAAUACUAAGGGACUUGUCACUCUUGCAGGCACAAAUGCGAGAUUUGACAGGAUUUGUUGAGACAAGACAACAACUUUUGACUUUGAAACCUAAUCAUCGGAUGAACUGGAUUGGCUUUGCUGUAGCCCAUCAUUUAAACUCUAAUGGUGCAAAAGCAGUUGAAAUUCUGGAAGCAUAUGAAGGGACAUUAGAAGAUGAUUAUCCACCUGAUAAUGAACGUUGUGAGCAUGGUGAAAUGCUUUUAUAUAAGAUCUCUUUGCUAGAGGAACAUGGGUUUCUUGAGAGAGCACUUGAGGAAUUGCAUAAAAAGGAGCCAAAAAUAGUUGAUAAAUUGACUUACAAAGAACAAGAGGUUUCUCUCCUGGUGAAGCUUGGAUGCCUAGAAGAAGGUGCCAAUCUUUACAAGGCUUUGCUCACUAUGAAUCCUGACAAUUACAGAUACUAUGAAGGCUUGCAGAAAUGUUUUGUCCUGUAUUCUGAAAAUGGCAAAUAUUCCUCAGAUGAAAUUGAUCAAUUGGAUGCAUUAUACAAAUCGCUUGCAGAACAGUACACUUGGUCAUCUGCAGUUAAGAGGAUACCGCUUGAUUUUCUGCAAGGAGACAAGUUCCGUGAAGCAGCAAUUAGUUAUAUUAAGCCUCUUCUAACGAAGGGGGUUCCAUCUUUAUUCUCAGAUCUUUCUCCUUUGUAUGAUCACCCUGGCAAGGCAGAUAUGUUGGAGCAACUUAUUCUUGAGUUGGAGCAUUCAAUUAGGAUUAAUGGGAGAUAUCCUGAUAGGACAGAGAAGGAGCCCCCUUCAACACUUUUGUGGAUUUUGUUCUUUUUGGCUCAGCAUUAUGACAGAAGAGGACAGUAUGAUGUUGCUAUUUCAAAGAUUGAUGAGGCUAUACAGCACACUCCAACCGUAAUUGAUUUGUACUCUGUCAAGAGCCGGAUAUUGAAACAUGCUGGUGAUUUGGUAGCUGCGGCUUCAUUGGCAGAUGAAGCUAGGUGUAUGGACCUCGCAGACCGUUAUAUUAACAGUGAAUGUGUCAAGCGUAUGUUGCAGGCUGAUCAGGUGGCUUUGGCAGAAAAAACUGCUGUAUUGUUUACAAAAGAUGGGGACCAGCACAACAACCUUCAUGACAUGCAGUGCAUGUGGUAUGAACUUGCUUCGGGUGAAAGUUACUUUCGACAAGGUGAUCUUGGACGAGCCUUGAAGAAAUUUCUAGCUGUGGAGAAGCACUAUGCUGAUAUUACUGAAGAUCAAUUUGAUUUCCAUUCAUAUUGUUUACGGAAAAUGACACUGCGUGCAUAUGUUGAAAUGCUAAAAUUUCAAGAUCGGUUGCAUUCACAUGCUUAUUUCCACAAAGCAGCAGCUGGUGCUAUCAGAUGCUAUCUAAAGUUUUAUGAUUCUCCUGUAAACUCACCAGCCGAAGAGGAGGAUAACACAUCAAAAACUCCUUCUCAGAAAAAGAAAAUGAAGAAGCAGAGAAAGGCAGAACGAGCUAAGAAAGAGGCAGAGGAGAAAAAUGAAGAAUCAAGUGCCAGUGGCAACUCCAAGUUUGGGAAACGACACAUUAAACCUGUAGAUCCAGAUCCUUAUGGAGAAAAGUUAUUGAAGACGGAAGAUCCCUUGUCAGAAGCAACAAAGUACUUGAAAUUGCUUCAGAAGAACUCACCUGAUUCUUUGGAAACGCACUUGCUCUCUUUUGAAGUAAAUAUGAGAAAGCAAAAGAUUUUGCUUGCCUUUCAGGCUGUAAAGCAACUGCUAAGGUUGGAUGCUGAGAAUCCGGAUUCACAUCGCUGCUUGAUUAAAUUUUUCCAUAAAGUGGGAUCAAUGCCUGCUCCAGUUACUGAUGCAGAAAAACUUGUUUGGAGUGUCUUAGAAGCUGAGCGCCCAUCAAUCAGCCAAUUGCAGGAGAAAACUCUUAGUGAGGCAAACAAAGUUUUCCUUGGUAAACAUGAAGAUUCUUUAAUGCAUAGAGUGGCAGUUGCAGAAAUGUUAUUUACCUUGGAUCCCACUGAGAAACCUGAGGCCGUUAAGUUAAUUGAAGAUUCAUCCAAUAAAGUCGUGCCAACGGAUGGAGCACUUGGACCGGUAAUGGAGUGGAAACUCAAGGACUGUAUUGUAGUCCACAAACUCUUAGACAAGGUUCUUACUGAUCAAGAUGCUGCUUUGAGAUGGAAAGUGAGAUGUGCAGAGUACUUCCCCUACUCCACCUACUUUGAAGGUGGUUGCAGCUCUGCUGUGCACAACUCACUGAACAUGAAUGGAGGUGCAAGCCAUCCCGAAAUCAGUCAAAGUGAAAAUGCAUUGGUAUCAAAUGGAAAGCUGGAAGCAUUUAAAAACCUUACCAUUUGAAGAUGCUGCAUUGACUGACAUCAGAGCUCAAUGUGUUUGGAAUGGAUGUCAUUAAUUUUACACUGCAAAGAGUGCGUUGCAGCUGCUGCUGGGAAAAGAGUGUUUUGAAGUUGGGCUUGGAAAACCAGGCAAAUCCCUUUUACUGUGAGAUCUCAGUCAAAAUUUUCUUUGCCUUUGUUGGCGGUCAAAUGCAUUCCUUUGCAAAUGUGUAUAAUUUAUUCGCAGUUAUGAUUUAGGAUCGAAUUUUUUUAUGUUACUUACAUAUUAUAUAUAUGCUUUUAAUUUGCUCAAUCCAUUUUGGUUGAGAUGUCUGUGGCUCCAUGGCUGUACCCCAAAAUUUGGGGGGGGCCAUAUAGAAAAUUUUUGGGUAAUGGUUUCUGAAAUCUUGUGGUUAGCCUAGAAAAGAUUUUUACUGUUUUUAGAGCGCUAAUAUUUGGAGCAGCAUGUUGUUUCAUUAGUUUUCUGGUCAUGUAUAAACACCCUUUGGAAAUUUUUGCUAUCAAGUUGAUAACAGUGAUAUCAUAA